AUGUGUGGCUGUUAUCUAAGACUCCAGAAUUUUAAUGGUCCUGAUAUCAUAAUCAUCAUCGUCUUCGUCGUCGUCAUCAUUGUCAUUACUAUCUGGUCAUUAUUUGAUCGUUAUCAUCAUCAUCAACGCCAUCAUCAUCGUCAUCAUCAUCAUCAUUUGUCAUCAUCAUCAUCAUUUUUUAUCAUCAUCAUCAUCAUUUAUCGUCAUAAUCAUCAUCACCAUCAUCAUCAUCAACGUCAUCACCAUGACCACCAACAGUUCCUCUGCCAGAAGAACAUCAGGUUGUUCCUGCAGACCUGUCAGAACACCUUCCACCUUCGACCCGAGGCCGACCUGUUCGAGGUCAACGACCUUUUCGAGGGCAGGGAUUUCGGAAAGGUUGUGGUUGUGAUUGCUAAGAUGGGGUUAUAA